GACAAAUGUGUAAACUCUGAUUGGAAGAGCAAGACCGACAAAAGCCCCCACGGUAGCCAAUCAACGCACACACCAAACAAAUACACUCGAAUCAGAUUGGACCGUUGUCACUCUUGGGCUGCUGGCAAUGCUAAAAUAGUCGCAUUCUACGAAAGACCUUUGAAAUUGGAUCACAUAUCGGUACAUCACCACUAGCUUCCUUAAUUAACUCAAAGGUGAGUCAUGUCGUCGGUUUUCUCCAGCACGGACUCUGUGGGCGCCGAGCCCUCCGUCUGCCCCAAUGCAGCCAAGCUCAGCAACGCACAUGCCAACGAAGUGGCUGCCAUUUUGAAAGGGGGGUCCAAGGUCAAUGGAGAAGCCAUGUUGAACGGCCACAAGCUCUCCAUGAAUGGAUUGGCUCAAGUGAACGAGGACAGUGCUGGCCAUAAGGCCCAGAAUGGGUCGGUCCAUGUGAACGGGCACGAGGGGGAGAACGAUCUAGAGAAGGCAGCCGCAGGCGUGGAGGAGAGGCAGUGGAUCCGUCCUGACUUGCCCAGCAAAUGCACUUGGAAACUGGGCGGGUCUUCCGUAGAGUCCCCUCACUGCCACUCUGAACUGACUGAAGCUCCCAGCAUUCUACCCAACAUCCUCGGGAAGAUCGGAGACACACCUCUGGUCCGCAUGAACAAGAUCCCCAAAGCCUUUGGCCUUAAGUGUGAACUCUUGGCCAAGUGUGAGUUCUUUAACGCAGGGGGCAGUGUGAAGGACCGUAUCAGUCUAAGGAUGGUGGAGGAUGCAGAGAGAAAUGGGAUCCUCAAACCAGGAGACACCAUCAUCGAGCCCACCUCUGGCAACACAGGUAUUGGUCUGGCCCUGGCCUCUGCAGUUAAAGGCUAUCGCUGCAUCAUCGUCAUGCCUGAGAAGAUGAGCAUGGAGAAGGUGGAUGUGCUUAGAGCCUUGGGGGCAGAGAUCGUGCGUACCCCAACCGCCGCCCGCUUUGAUUCGCCGGAAUCCCACGUGGGCGUGGCCUGGCGUCUGAAGAAUGAGAUUCCCAACUCUCAUAUCCUGGACCAGUACCGUAACCCUAGCAACCCCCUGGCCCACUACGACACCACUGCCGAGGAGAUCCUGGAGCAGUGUGAUGGUAAGGUGGACAUGUUGGUGGCAGGAGCUGGCACUGGUGGCACCAUCACUGGCAUCGCCCGCAAGCUGAAGGAGAGAUGCCCCAACAUCAAGAUCGUGGGUGUGGACCCUGAGGGUUCUAUACUGGCUGAGCCAGAGGAGCUGAACAAAACAGAUAAGACCCAGUACGAGGUGGAGGGCAUCGGAUAUGACUUCAUCCCUACUGUACUAGACAGAUCUGUAGUUGACAGGUGGUAUAAGUCCAAUGACGAUGAGUCUUUUGCCAUGUCACGCAUGCUGAUCAGGGAGGAGGGGCUUCUCUGCGGAGGUAGUUCAGGUACGGCCAUGGCUGCAGCAGUUAGAAUGGCCACAGAGCUGAAGGAGGGCCAGCGCUGUGUCGUCAUCCUGCCUGACUCCAUCCGCAACUACAUGUCUAAGUUCCUGAGUGAUAACUGGAUGUGUGAUAAGGGCUUCCUAACCCCAGAAGACCUGAUGGUGUCCAAACCCUGGUGGUGGAACCUGAGUCUGCAGGGUCUGAACCUAUUUUCCCCCCUCACUGUGCUGCCUUCAGUCAACAUCAAGAAGACCAUCAAGAUCCUCAAGGAGAACGCCUUCGACCAGGCACCCGUCGUUGACGAGUCCGGCGGGAUCCUAGGGAUGGUUACCCUGGGCAAUAUGUUGUCUUCAGUACUGGCUGGGAAGGUCAAGGCCUCUGACCCUGUCGCCAAGGUGCUUUACAAACAAUUCAAACAGGUGCGACUAACAGAUAACCUGGGUAAGCUGUCCCGUAUCCUGGAGACAGAUCACUUUGCCCUGGUGGUGCAUGAGCAGAUCCAAUACAUGGAGGAUGGCUCGCCCUGUCUUAGACAGAUGGUAUUCGGGGUGGUGACCGCCAUUGACAUGCUUAAUUACAUCACCACGCGCGAGCGGCGGGGAAGCGCACGCGAGCGCACGCUGUCAGAGUGCUCAAUAACGUCAGAGUGCUCGCUGACCGACUAGCUGUGACCACUUCCUGUUUCCUGUGGAGAGGAGGAAGUGACCGCCCACCUGACACCCUCAAAGUAACGACAAUGAAGAAGAUGAUGUAGAAAUUUAGAAGUGGUGGGGGUUGUGGUUUAGUCUUAAAAUAAGUCAAUAUUAAUUUCCUCCCCUUUUGACUACAUUGAUUUUUUUAUUUGUCUGUGAUGAUAAUAAUUAUUCACUGUAGCUUAUACUGCGAUUGAAGCAGCUUAGCUGGUUUCAGAUACAUGAUUUUCCUCUAACUUUAAGGUAUGGAAAUUGCAUGUAACAAACAGUGUGCAACUAGACUGCCUUGCCUCUUCAUUAUUGAAAAUCUUUUACUUUUUUUAUCUACUUAAAAAUAAUAGUGUUCCUCUGACUUGUCAUUUUAUUGCAGAGGAUACUGAAACAUUAAAAUAUCCUCGCUAGACUAAUAACUCAGUACAUUUCAAUCUUUCAGUUAAAUAGUCAUCAUAUAACUACCAUUUGUAUUGCAUUGAGAUUUGUAUAUAACUGAUAUGCGAAUGUGAGCUUCAGCUUAAGACUUAAAAGCACAUUAUAGAUUUUUGUUGCUUCUUUGAUACCAGUGAAGUUACAUCGCCAUCUAGUGGCAGCUAAAGACAGGGCAUGGGCCAAAAAAUGACUAUUUGGGUUGCUCAGUGUGAAAUGGUUACCAAGAAGAAGCUUUACGUUGACAACAUUCAAAGAGAGCGGAUGUCGGUGAAGAGUACCUGUCUUUUUGUUUGAAGGCUUUGGUAAAGUAACCAAGGUCGCAGGGUAGGUCCGGUUAAGGAUAGGAGAGUUUGGCACACAACCAAACUGCAACCCAAACAGUAUGACUUGUGUUGGGUCAUUUUUUUUCUUGUAUUGAAACAAGAUGUAUUGAAUAGUUUGUUGGCUGAGCGUGCACAGUGCAGCUCUUUUAUACAGGCCUGUCUGUCUGGGACAGGUUGUUUACGCCAAGGCUUGGGUUGUUUGAACCUUGUACCAUUUGUCUGUACUUGUUGACUUCAUGUACAAUCAUUCAUGUGUAAUGUUAUGUAUGACCAUGGACCCAGAGCUGUUAUGAUCUAUUUACUUUAGCAGGGAUGUAUUUGUAUGUAUAUAUGUCUUUAGUGUUCUUCAGACGGAUGCUGCAGUAUUUGCGUGAGGUGAUGCAGUUAUGGAGGUGAUAUUUGAACUACAUUCCUGUCUCUUUAUUUCCACCUGGCUCUGGUUUCAGUUGUUCAUUUCAUAUUUCUCUUUAUUUCUCUUUUUUUUAUUCAGGUGUUUUUGUGGUGUAAGUACAGUGGGGAGAACAUGUAUUUGAUACACUGCCGAUUUUGCAGGUUUUCCUACAUACAAAGCAUGUAGAGGUCUGUAAUUUUUAUCAUAGGUACACUUCAACUGUGAGAGACGGAAUCUAAAACAAAAAUCCAGAAAAUCACAUUGUAUGAUUUUUAAGUAAUUAAUUUGCAUUUUAUUGCAUGACAUAAGUAUUUGAUCACCUACCAACCAGUAAGAAUUCCAGCUCUCACAGACGUGUUAGUUUUUCUUUAAGAAGCCCUCCUGUUCUCCUUACCUGUAUAAAAGACACCUGUCCACACACUCAAUCAAAACAGACACCAACCUCUGCACAGUGGCCAAGACCAGAGAGCUGUGUAAGGACAUCAGGGAUAAAAUGGUAGACCUGCACAAGGCUGGGAUGGGCUACAGGACAAUAGGCAAGCAGCUUGGUGAGAAGGCAACAACUGUUGGCACAAUUAUUAGAAAAUGGAAGAAGUUCAAGAUGACGGCCAAUCACCCUCGGUCUGGGGCUCCAUGCAGGCAUCAAUGAUCAUGAGGAGGGUGAGGGAUCAGCCCAGAACUACACGGCAGGACCUGGUCAAUGACCUGAAGAGAGCUGGGACCACAGUCUCAAACAAAACCAUUAGUAACACACUACGCCGUCAUGGAUUAAAAUCCUGCAGCGCACGCAAGGUCCCCCUGCUCAAGCCAGCACAUGUCCAGGCCCAUCUGAAGUGUGCCAAUGACCAUCUGGAUGAUCCAGAGGAGGAAUGGGAGAAGGUCAUGUGGUUUGAUGAGACAAAAAUAGAGCUUUUUGGUCUAAACUCCACUCGCCGUGUUUGGAGGAAGAAGAAGGGUGAGUACAACCCCAAGAACAACAUCCCAACCGUGAAGCAUGGAGGUGGAAACAUCAUUCUUUGGGGAUGCUUUUCUGCAAAGGGGACAGGACGACUGCACCGUAUUGAGGGGAGGGAUGGAUGGGGCCAUGUAUUGCAAGAUCUUGGCUCACAACCUCCUUCCCUCAGUAAGAGCAUUGAAGAUGGGUCGUGGCUGGGCCCCAUGCAAAAAAAAUGCAAAUGAAUUACUUAAAAAUCAUACAAUGUGAUUUUCUGGAUUUUUGUUUUAGAUUCCGCCUCUCACAGUUGAAGUGUACCUAUGAUAAAAAUUACAAAAAAAUACAUGCUUUCUAAGUAGGAAAACCUGCAAAAUCAGCAGUGUAUCAAAUACUUGUUCUCCCCACUGUAUGUUAUUACUUGCUUCCAAUAAAGGCUUGUUAUUUUUCUCUUGAA